AUGCAGGUCCCUCUGCUUCGCCUCCAGUGUGGCGUCAACAGCUACGACUGGGGCAAGGUCGGCCACGAGUCCGCUGCCGCAAAGUAUGCCGCGAUCACCGCUGCCUCUGACUUCUCCAUUGACGCCGAGAAACCAUACGCCGAACUAUGGAUGGGCACCCAUCCCUCCCUCCCCUCCAAGGAUCUCGAGACCCAACGCACACUCCUCGACAUGGUCCAAGAUAACCAGGCGCUGAUGUCGACUGAGGUCACUCAGCGGUAUGGUGGAAAGCUUCCCUUCCUGUUCAAGGUGCUUUCCAUCCGCAAGGCACUCAGCAUCCAAGCCCACCCGAACAAGAAGCUGGCGGAGAAACUUCAUGCGCGGGAUCCUCGGAACUACCCUGACGACAACCACAAGCCCGAAAUGACCAUCGCAAUCACACCGUUCGAAGGCCUGUGCGGCUUCCGUCCGCUGGCUGAGAUUGUCCAUUUCCUCCAAGCUGUCGCUCCCCUCCGUCAAUUGGUCGGCUCUGAUGCCGCCAGCGAGUUUGAAAACGCCGUCAAAGGCUCUGAAGAUUCCGACGACCCCUUCGUCACAAAAAAGAACAAGGAUGCUCUGCGCGCAGUGUUCACGUCGCUGAUGCGGGCGUCGCCCCAACAGAUCGAAGCAGCGACGAAAGACCUGGUUGCGCUGGCACAGGAUGCCCCGGAGACCUUUGCGACGAGCGCCGAGACCUCAGCGACGAACCCCAGCAACCCGGCCGAGAUGGCGGCCCUUGUCACACGCCUCAACGGACAGUUCCCCAACGACAUCGGCUUGUUCGUCUUUUUCUUCCUCAAUUUCGUGAAGCUGGCCCCCGGCGAGGCCAUGUUCCUGAAGGCGGACGAUAUCCACGCCUAUAUUUCGGGAGACAUCAUCGAGUGCAUGGCGUCGUCCGACAACGUCGUGCGGGCUGGAUUCACGCCCAAGUUCAAGGACGUCGAUACCCUGACGGAUAUGUUGACAUAUUCUUACGCGCCUAUCCAAGAGCAGAAGUUGGAGCCCACCGACUACCCGUACGCCGUCCUGAAUGCACGGGCGUACUCCAGCGGCUCGUCCUGUCUUCUCUACGAUCCGCCCAUCGAGGAGUUCUCCGUCGUGAAGACUGCGCUGAAGCGGACGGGCGCCAAGGCUACCUUUGACGGACUUGCUGGCCCCAGCAUUUUGAUCUGCACGGGAGGCGAGGGUAAGAUCACUGUGGGGCACAAGACUGAGGAAGUCAAGGAGGGAUAUGUGUUCUUCAUCGGUGCCAACGCAGAGUGCAUCGUCGAGAACACGCGUGAGGGCGCCGAUGAUGAGAACGAGUUUACGACAUACAAGGCGUUCUGCGACCUGACCGGAAAGGAGGAUGUGGUGAACGGUCACUUGUAA